UAAUUGAAGUGAAAGCGGUCAGUCCGUUGAUAGCCGCGAAAGGCGUGAAAGGUUUCAACGGUUGAGUACAGCAUGGUCCAGUGGUUCGAACCAGUGCUAUUGCUGGCAGCUCUGCUGGUGACCGCUGAAAGUUCAACUCGAAGAAACAAGUACGAAGUUAGUGUCAGACAUGGUCCGUUCGAAAUUCACCAGAGGCACGUGAAUGCAAAGCCUUUCAAGGAGCCGAAUCGAGACAAACCGGGGUCGAUCGGCCAAAACAAUCCUCAUAUUGGGUACCGAAGGGAAGUGUCACUUUCUGAAGAAAUCUAUGAGCCACGUAAGAAGGGACGAAAACGCGGUGAAAGAUGGGAUUCACGAGGGACAAAGGUUGAGAUGAAAGCCGAAAGUCACCAUCAGAAGUUUAAAGGUGAUCGUGGAAUGACUAGAACGAAGCAGGUAGGAUCGUGGAGUUAUUCGACGACUUAUGCGCCAACUACGGAAGCUAGUACGACCAAAAAUCCUGUGAAUGCUCCACCUUCACAAAUAUUUGGAGAGCGGAAUCCGGGAAGUGUGAGAAAACCAAUUACAACUCAACGAGCACCACAAGAAGAAAAUUGGAUUUCAAGCACGCCAGAGUAUCAAAACUUUGUGACAACUCAGCAUUCGAACGAUCCGAGUGUUGAACAGCAAGGAUUUGUGGCUGGAAAAAAUCCGCCUAAACCUAUCACCUUCUAUAAUACUCAGAGUGAAAGUUACGGAAGCAUCAGAACCCAAGGUGUUAAUCAGAACAAUGAAGAUAACGAUUUUCAACGAACGACUACUGUUCCCGAAACAAAUCACAAACUAACUAUUGUGAAUCCAGUGACCCCAAGUGUUCUGUUUAGAAAUCCCCAGUUACGAGUACCCUUUACUUUUGACAGCAUCGAUUCGGUUUCUUUCGAUCAAUCUUCGAAACCACAGGCAACAACUACGACAGCAACUACGACGACCACAGCGGCCCCAACAACUACCACAACGACGACCACCACACCUCCACCUCCACCACCACCUCCUCCUCCUCCACCAAUCACAACAGUUCCCAACUUCCGGCAAAAAAUUAAGCUUCCGGAAAACGAUAACGAAAAUGCCCUUUAUCUAUUGGUGAAGUAUGAAAAACCAAGAAACGGUGGACAGCCGAAAGCACAAGUUAUUGAAAUUUUAGGAGGCAAUACAAAAAUAUUGCAAAGCGGUGGACCCAAUCGAUCGAAAAAUGAUUUUGAUCUUUACCCAAAAAUGGAAGAAACGGUUCGGGAGACUUUGAAAAAUGUUCAUCUUAAUAGUGUUGAAGUCACUACUGCAGGCUAUGCAGUGGAAGAAAGUUUGGAAAGUGACGAGCAUAACCAGGUUGCAACACCACUUCCUUUGAAGGGAUUACCCUUGCGCGGAAACAAUCAACCAAGCCAAAACAGCUUACCUUCCGAGUUUCCGAAGCAACAGGAUCCACUAGCGCAAAAAUAUAUCCAGCAGCAGCAACGGUUGAACAGUUUCCGACAAAAUGUGCAGCCCACUGCGGCACUACCUACUCCACCACCAACCCAAAACAUUCAACAACCUGCUCCCAUUCAUACCCCGAUUGCGAUGAGCCCACAGGCCUUCCAAUCAAGUUUUAUCCUUCCCUCUGCAUUUUGGGGGCUCACCAUGCCUCAGAUGCAACAACAGCCUCAACCAAUGGCCUACAUGCAUCACAACGCGUUCCGCAUUCAACAUUUGACCGGACCACAACAGUUCAACAAUAACCAGCAAUCAAACCAAAUAAAACUAGAGGAUCAAGGUGAUCCACGAGUUCAGCUAGAUCGUAUUUCCAAAAACCCCGUUCAAGAGCCAAAUGGAAAUGCCCUACAACAGCAGGAAUCUGGGUCAACCGAACAAAGUGGCGAACCCGGACUGCAAAAUAGUUAUGGGGAUUACGUCCGUAAUGGCUACCAUAACUACGAUAAGGAGAAGGGAGCACGCCGUCCAGAUGUUGAAACUACAGACCAGGCGGAACCUUCGAGAGAAGCCUUAAACAUUACUACUGACCCGCUGGAGUUGACAAAAGCUAUAGUCAGUCAGCAUGGUGGUUUAACCAUAGACCAGUUUAAUCAAUUGUUCAAAGAUUAUCUGGAUAAAGAGUUAACAGAAAGCGAUCUGGAUAGCUACGAGAAGAUAGAAGAUGAUGGUUUUGGGCGAAAUUCACAAGGUGGACAAGCAAUCUCUGCCAUGGUGGAAAGCGGAGAAUCGCUUGAACAGCAACAACAACAGCAACAACAGCAACAGCAGCAACAAGAACAACAAGAUGACUCAGGUGAAAUGUCCGGAUCUGCCGAGGGGGGUGACCGUAUUCGAGUGCAGAUCAACAAAACUGGAGGUCGGCAGGAACCAAUCGUAAAAAUCGGAUACGGAAGCUCCAAAUCUCACCAGGGUGUGUACAAAUCACCCAAGUUUUUCGAAAAGCUCAAGGAAAGUAGCCGUGAAGAGGAAGAAACGGAACAAUGGGAAACUGCAGAUCCCUAUGAAGGACUCGACCCCAGCGCAUUCGAAGGAAGUCCCAUAUUCGGAUAUCCAGCUCCAACUGACCCACAGCAAGGAAACAACCAGAAUCUCGAGGAAUCUCAGCGACAGCAGGAGCAGCAGGAGAAUAGCGUAAGUGACGAACCUACCAACAGUGGCCAUCAUGGAGGACUAAGUUAUAUUAAGUUCGAAAAAUUUAACUAACAUAGACUGAAAGCUAACCAAAAGCUAACGAAAUGUUAAACUAGUGCUAGUUGCAGUUGUUAUUUGUCAAUAAAUUGAAACGAAACCUUAUCAAACUCGAAUCAAUGCCCUUUUGGUUUCUUUCACGUUUACCCACCAUGUUAAGGAAUACCAAUGAGGAAGCAAGCGAGCGCACAUCUUGUUCAAUUCAUAUUCAGACCACAUACGGUUCGAUACGCAUGCUCUACUUCGCGUUCGAUAUGCCGAGUAAGGCUAUUUACAUGAUACCGGUAGGGGCUUUUACUUGCUAAUGAAAGUAACAUCACGCGUUCAAUGUUAUGCUUUUGUUCGAUGCGGCUUAAUUGAAUUGAAUGUUUAUUAAGAUAUUUAUGCAAUAUUUAUGAUCGGAGUCGAAAUAUAU